AUAUCCGUCUCGUCUACAUGCUGCCUCACCAACAUUUCGUCUCUUUCGUUGUGGGUGUAUUCGAAGCUUACGUAUUCGUGAACAAAAAGCUGUGGUCGACUACACGGGUGCGUGUCGCAGUGCUGUGGGUCGUGGCUGUCGCGAUCACAACACUGGUGUGCUUGUUUCCCUACGCGUGGGAUUCGGCGGCGAUUCCUUACGACCCUGCCCUGGCGGCCCUGUACGCCUGCCUCUAUCCCCUGCUCUGGAGUGUCUCGGUCACCUGGAUGCUGCACUCUUGCAUCACAGGGACGGCAGAUCUCGUGAAUCGGUUCCUGAGCAUGGGAGCCUUCAUGCCGUUGGGCAAGCUGAGCUUCUCCCUCUACCUCGUCCACCCUUACGUGCUGUACACCAAGUUGAUCACCACGAGGCAAUUCAGAGCCCUGGACCAGUGGACAAUGCUCACAGAUGCCAUUGGACUGCUGUUCUUCAGCUUGUUAUUCGCCUUCGUCUUCUACAUCAUGUGCGAAUGUCCCAUAACCAAUAUAGACAAGAUCGCACUGGACGCCAUCUUGAAGGGACGGAGGCGGGACGGAAAGAACAAGCUACCUCCGGCGAAUGUCCGUCCGAACAGCAUUGAGAUUUCUGACUGCACAAGUCCCUGAAUUAGAGAUCAUAUAAUUGUGCAUCCUGCAUGCGCGGCAUAUCUUGUGAAUGCUGCUUUUUAUUGACAUCCUACGGAUCGGUUUAAAGCAUUUGUCAAAGUAGUUGUAAGCUUGCUAUCAUUGUCGACUUUCAAUUGAUCAGCCCGUACUGCACACGUUGUAAGCGUUGGUCUUCAUUAAGCGUGCCUGUCUUCGCUGACUCUCGCGUGAUUAAAGCCACAUCUUAAUUUUUAUUUUAUUUUGUCACUUGAGCCAUCUCUCUGUUUUCUGGCACGCAUUUUGCCAUGUUUUGAUGGGGUUGAGGGUUUUCCAGCCGUGUUUCUGGCAGCUUUGUCCUCGCCCUCUUCUAUAUGUUCAGUGGGAGAAAAUAAAGAAACAAAUGCACUGAGCAUACUGCCCUUAUAAAUUACAACUCACUCGAACGCUCCGAAAAUUUCUUUUGUGG